UAAGUUGUAACUUCCCCAUUCAUCUUCUAGUGUCAUAUUCCGGAGAAGGCGCGAGAAUCACAGGGUUCCGAUGAAAUAGGCACUCGCCGGAGGUCUCUCUGGGAAUUUGUUAUCUUAUAAUCCUCGAUUCUUUCUAGUUUUGGUAAUUCAUAAUAUCGGGGUAUCCAAGCAUGCCCUCAUCAUUCUUACUUCGCCGGCACUUGUCAUUCUCCGGCAUUUCUCCUACAUUUCACGGAACGAUGGAGCCCUUCCAUCGGCACCUGGAAUUGAGGUUCAGAAUUCUAGUUGGUGUUUGUAAUAGGAUAAGGCAGUUCAGCAGCUCCAGUAGUACCUCGAAGCUUGAUUUCAUGGACCUGACUCAUCCUCAUACAUGGUACCCAAAUGCUCGAAGAAAGAGCCGGAAAGUGAUCAUGCAUGUAGGUCCCACAAAUAGUGGUAAAACACACCAUGCUCUGAAGCGACUAGAGUCAAGUUCUUCUGGCAUAUAUUGUGGACCUUUAAGACUCUUGGCAUGGGAGGUGGCAAAAAGGUUGAACAAGGCAAAUGUUCCUUGUGAUAUGAUUACAGGACAAGAGAGAGAGGAAAUUGAUGGUGCAAAACACAAGGCCAUGACUGUUGAGAUGGCUGAUGUGACCUCGGACUAUCAUUGUGCUGUCAUUGAUGAAAUUCAGAUGUUGGGAUGUAGGACAAGGGGUUUUUCAUUUACGCGUGCUCUAUUAGGAAUUUCUACUGAUGAACUUCACCUCUGUGGAGAUGUGUCUUCUGUUCCUCUUAUUCAGGGAAUACUUAAGGUGACAGGAGAUGAUUUUGAGGUUCAAUAUUAUGAGAGACUUUCACCUCUAGUUCCAUUGAAUGUUCCUCUCAGAUCCUUUUCUGAUAUACAAACAGGCGACUGCAUUGUAACUUUUUCACGUCGUCAAAUAUACAAGUUAAAGAGACAAAUUGAAAAUGGGGGGAAGCAUCUUUGUUCUGUAGUUUAUGGUUCACUGCCACCAGAGACUCGAACAAGACAGGCAACAAUGUUCAAUGAUGCAACCAGCGAGUUUGAUGUUCUUGUGGCUAGUGAUGCCAUUGGGAUGGGUCUUAAUCUGAACAUUUCUAGAAUCAUAUUUUCAACAUUGAAAAAAUUUGAUGGCAUAGAGGAGCGGGAUCUCACUGUACCAGAGAUCAAACAAAUUGCAGGGAGAGCUGGCAGGUUUGGAUCAAAAUUUCCUGAUGGUGAAGUGACUUGUAUGAAUGUGAAGGAUCUACCCUUGCUACAUUCAUCACUGAAAUCCCUAUCUCCUGUUCUAGAGCGUGCUGGAUUAUUUCCAACCUUUGAUCUCUUGUUUAUGCAUUCACGUUUUCAUCCAACAAAAAGCCUCUAUCAGAUGUUGGAGCAUUUUGUAGAUAAUGCCAAAUUAUCUUCAAACUAUUUCAUUGCUGAUUGUGAAGAAAUGUUGAAAGUUGCUGCAAUCGUUGAUGAGUUGCCCCUUGGGUUGCAUGAUAAGUACCUUUUUGUCAUUAGUCCAGUUGACAUGAACAAUGACAUUUCAUCUCAGGGUCUUAUACAGUUUGCACAAACUUAUGCGAAGAAGGGCAUUGUUCGACUUCGGGAAAUAUUUACACCAGGGACACUUCAAGUGCCGAAAUCACAUUCUGCACUUAAGGAGCUUGAAUCCAUUUACCAGGUAUUGGAUCUUUAUGUGUGGCUGAGUUUCCGAUUGGAGGAUUCGUUCCUAGACCGUGAGCUGGCAUUGUCACAGAGGGCCAUCUGUAGCAUGUUGAUUGAGGGGUUCCUGGAAAGAGGAGGGUGGCGACAGCCAAUGGCAAGUAGUGUGCCCUCUCGCAUUAGCUCAAAUUCUCUUUUAUCACAAUCAAACAAGCAAGAUCUGUGAGACAUCAUUUGAAAAAGUUCACUCCAUCUCCUUUACGCUCUGUUUGACUUUGGACGAGUAUGAAGGUUAAAGUAACUUGGAAACUAGAACGGCCAAUACUUGCUACUUUCUUGUAGUCUCUGUAACUAAUAUAUCCUUACCAAUUCUUUUGGCAAUCAAACCAAGCAUUAAGCUUAAGCUUUCCGAGGAGAAAUUUCAUGCUUCUGAUGCUACAGUUUUCUUGUAAAUUCUAAAUGCACACUUUAUUCAACGUUGUAUUUUCUUUUCUUGCUGAACAUUCUUUGUUUAUGUGAACCAAUUGAUGGAAAAGAAAUAAUCAACUA